CACAGAUCCUGUCCUUUGCUAAGGUCCAUUUGAAAGUGUUUAUUAUUCCGUUCGUCGCGUCCUACCAACAACCUCUUUUUCCCUUCGUCAUGUCAGAGUCAAGGAAGAGGCCCUUGCCAGAUGAUGGAGAGGUUGCACAAGCUAAAAAGCGGGUGUUGACGAGCGCGAGUGGAAGCCCGGAGGUCAACGGCUUGAGUACUAAUCACGACGCAGAAGAACCUGCAGACAACCACCAGUUGGAGCUAUUUCGAAAGGAGGCUAUCUUUAGGCGCAUGAAGCACUACUCCAGAGAGAACGAGCGAAAUCAGGCGCGCAUAGUUCAACUGGAGCAGAGAAGAAGCUCAUGCGAGGCUGGGUUGGUAGCAAUUGCGGCAUGCUGGAAGCAGUUAGUAGACACCAUUCAAACCCUGACGCCACCGGAGGAGCUACCAGCUGUCGAAAUCGACACAAAGGAUAUUUUCAACUUGUCACAGCACGUUUCCACUGACUCGAGCCUCAAAACUGCACUAGAGAAGAACAUGCUUGCAACCGAAAAACUAAUCACAAGUUUCAUGAAGCUGAAUCCCGCUACCCUCAAUGACCAGGCAUAUCAGCGCUGUCAGACAUCACAGACCGAGUGCGUUGCUCUUCGCUCCGAAAUAGCACUUAUGCAGCGGAGGCUCGAUGAUGUCCAGUCAGAGAAGGAGCAAUUGCAUGACGACCUCAUUGCUGCAGAGAUCAAGUUAGACCGUAUGCGAAGCGGUACCGUUGCAGCCAUGCAGACAAAGGGUGGGGCAAAGGAGGACGCAAAUCUAGACCAACCACCACCGGAAGGAAGCACCCCAAAUCAUGGGUCAUCAACUCCGCCACCGCCCCCAGUAAAUGGUCAGAAUCAUUCAUCCCUAUCAGAUAUCGAAGCUCUUCAACUUGACCUCAAAAUUUCCUCUGACCGGGCAAACAAGCUGGAGGUAGAAAUUAGGGCCCAGGCUGAGACCAUAGCGAAGCUCGAGGUCGAGCGCGCCGCUCCAACAGUCGAGAUGGUCUCUGGAACCGCGCAUUAUAAGCUUUUAUCUGAGCGUAGGGAACAGCUGGAGAAGAUGGUUACUGAGAACGAUGCCAGGAUAGGACGGUUGGACACCAUGGUGCGAGACCUGCAAUCAAACCGGAUGCAAUUUGAGGAGGAGACUCGGGCUUCUGCGCAACAAAUGAAUCAAGAACUCAAAGUGCUACUUGCUAAGCGGGAUGCAGAUCUCACUCGCCUCCGCGACCAACGUGAGCUGCUGCACGCCGAAUUAAAUGAACUUAGAAGUCGUGAAAAUAUAAAAUAUCAGUCAUCACGGGAACUCAAGGCCCUCGCUGAAUCACGAGCGGUGCGCCAGUCAUCCACAGAUUCACAUCAAGUUGUUAAUACAUUGCGAAUAGGAAAGGAUAACGCAACUUGAGUCGGAGGUUAGGAGACAUAAGGCGAAAUUAGCUGCGCAUGCCGGCAAUGCAGAUCUCGUGAAGCAUUUUUGGGAGGGGAAAGUGGAUGAUGUUGAAUACGUGGAUG